UGACGCAAUUUAAAGGUUUUGAAUUAUUUUUUGCUUCGUUGGAUGAUUCUCUUUCUGGAUUUGCAGCUCACCGUGUGAUUGCCGAUUACAUUAGACCACGUGACCAAAUGUUUAUUUAUAUCUUAACGGAAAUAUAAUUAGAGUCGGCUUUUGAGAAGACUGGAUUGACAGGAUUGCGACGAUCAGAACAAUGGGAGUACUGGGUCUGAUUUUCAUCACGCUCCCGUGUUUCGUUUUCGUGAGUGGACAGGUCAGCUACUCUAUUCCCGAGGAGAUGCCCGUGGGAUCUUUUGUCGGAGAUAUUGCACAAGAUUUAGGUUUCGAUGUGAAAAGACUGAAAUCGGGAAAGGCCCGCAUUUAUACAGGAGACGGUGCGGAGUACAUCGUGCUGGAUAAAGAAAAGGGAGUCCUCCUCAUUAAAAACAGAGUCGACAGAGAAGCUAUCUGUGCAGAGACGGUGCCCUGCGCUCUAAAUUUCCAGGUUAUUUUAGAAAAUCCCAUGGAAUUUUACAGCAUCAACGUGGAAAUUACCGAUGUUAAUGACAACGCACCGAUGUUUAAAAGAGGGGAAAUGAAAUUUAAACUUUCUGAGUCGACAGUUACAGGAACAGCUUUUGUUCUAGAGCAAGCGAUUGAUCUGGAUGUAGGUAAGAACGGUCUGCAGAGUUAUUUGUUAUAUCCUACAGAUAACUUUAUGUUGAAACUGCAAAAUCAAGUAGACGGAGGCAAGAUAGUGGAAAUGGUAUUAGACAAGCCACUAGAUCGUGAAAAAAAAGAUCGUCUCUCGCUUGUAUUGACGGCAGUAGACGGUGGUGAGCCGCAGCUUUCCGGGUCAGUUCAAAUACAUGUAAAUGUCCUCGACAGCAAUGAUAAUGCUCCGGUUUUUACACAGAAAGUCUAUAAAUCAUCAAUAAGAGAAGAUUCGCCAACAGGUACCGUUGUUAUUAAAGUUAGUGCCAUGGACGCUGACGAGGGAUCUAACGCAAAAAUAUCAUAUGAAAUAUUAAAUUCCGUUGAUGACGCAUCUGAAAUAUUUAAAAUAAACAGAGAGACUGGUGAAAUCAGGCUGGCCGGAAGCACUGAUUAUGAGAGGAAACGGCAAUAUCAAUUACAUGUUCAGGCAGGUGAUACUGGAGGUUUGAUUGAUUCUUGUAAGGUUACUAUAGAAAUAAUUGAUACAAAUGACAACACACCAGCCAUAAAUAUUAUGUCAAAAUCAACUGUAGUUACAGAAGACGUUCAACCAGGUACAGUUGUGACAAUUAUAAACACACUGGAUUCAGAUUCCGCUGAAAACGGGAAAGUACAAUGUACAAUUCAAAGAGACAUCCCGUUUUCUAUUUCUACAACAUCAAAUAACUUUUUCAGUAUUGUAACAGACAGUCAGUUAGACAGAGAGACAGAAUCAGCGUAUAAUAUAACAGUGACCUGCUCUGAUGAAGGAGUACCCUCCCUCUCCAGCAGCGUCACUCUCACCUUGCAGAUUUCUGACGUGAAUGACAAUGCACCUGUAUUUGAGAGGAGCUCUUAUGAGGCCUACUUCGUAGAAAACAACACACCAGGUGUCUCUAUCUUCACAGUAAAAGCAACAGAUGCUGACUGGAACCAGAAUUCUCGCGUUUCUUACAUACUGGAGGAAUCCUUUAUCAACGGAGUGCAAGUCUCCUCUUAUGUAUCUGUUAGUGCUGAUAGUGGAGUCAUUCAUGCAGUUCGCUCUUUUGAUUACGAGCAGAUCAAAGAUUUCAAGUUCUUUGUUAAAGCACAAGAUGGAGGCUCUCCUCCUCUGAGUAGCAACAUGACUGUGAAAAUCAUAAUCCAAGACCAGAACGAUAAUCCACCCCAGGUUCUGUACCCAGUCCAGACUAGUGGCUCCAUGGUGGCUGAAAUGGUUCCUCGGUCAGCAGAUGUGGGCUACCUGGUGACUAAAGUGGUGGCUGUGGAUGUGGACUCUGGACAGAAUGCCUGGCUCUCCUACAAACUCCAGAAAGCCACAGACAGAGCGCUGUUUGAAGUGGGCUUACAGAAUGGAGAAAUAAGAACUAUCCGUCAGGUGACUGAUAAAGAUGCUGUGAAACAAAGACUGACUGUCAUAGUGGAGGACAACGGGCAGCCCUCUCGUUCAGCUACAGUCAUUGUUAACGUGGCGGUGGCGGACAGCUUCCCUGAAGUGUUGUCAGAGUUCACUGACUUUCCACACGAUAAGGAAUACAAUGACAACCUGACUUUUUACUUAGUGUUGGCUCUGGCUGUGGUUUCCUUCCUCUUCAUCACGUGUUUAGUGGUUAUUAUAUCAGUGAAGAUCUACAGAUGGAGACAGUCUCGCAUCCUGUAUCACUCCAGCCUCCCUGUGAUUCCAUAUUAUCCACCUCGGUACUCAGACACUUUGGGAACAGGAACUCUGCCACGUGUGUAUAAUUACGAGGUGUGCAGGACGUCUGACUCCAGAAAAAGUGACUGUAAAUUCGGAGGAGCUGGUAAUCAGAACAUGUUGAUAAUGGAUCCCAGUUCUACAGGAACAAUUCAACGGAUACAGAAUGAGAAAAGCAUCUUGGAUGAACCCGACUCUCCUGUUGAGAAUCUAUAG